AGAAUUGCCUUUCAAUAACACACACAUACACAUAACGCGUAUCCCUGGGAGAAGGACUUGGAGGACAGAGGAAGCUAAUAUGUACCUACAAGGUUAAACGUAGGUGGAAGAAAAAUGAUUGAACUAAGCCGAUGGGUCUUCGUUGUGUUGUUGCAUUUUCUAACAUUCUCUGUGGCUCAGCAUCAACAGAGGUCAGAGGAGGAUGCGCUGGAGCACACCAGGGGUCACAUAAGGCCAGGGCACUGCAGCUACGGUCAAACCACUUCCUGUUGUGUGGGGUGGAGGAAUGUUAACGGCAUUUGUCAGCCGGUGUGCAAGACGCCAUGCGUACAUGGCAAAUGUGUUGGAGCAGACAAGUGUUUAUGCUCCAGAGGGUAUAAAGGCAGACUGUGUGAUGAAGAUGUGAACGAAUGCGGUUUGGUGGAGAGACCGUGUUCCCAGCGCUGCAUGAAUAUGCACGGUAGCUACCGCUGUUACUGUGAACCUGGAUACAAGCUCAAUGCAGACGGAUACACCUGCACCACCGCAUGUUCCUCUCUGCGCUGCCAGUUUGGUUUCCAGGUGGCGAGAGGGGGAGCUGUGCGCUGCCUGUGUCCCCCCGGCCUCCACCUGGCCUCUGACAACAAGACCUGUGAAGAUGUGGACGAGUGUCAGCAAGAGGCUGAUGCGUGUCCUCCACGGCAGACUUGCAGGAACACUUUUGGCAGCUUUAUCUGUGUGUGUCAAGAUGGUUUCGUGAUGGGGACACUCGGGGGAUCAGUGAUAUGUCGAGAUAAGAACGAGUGUUUAACUGGGUCUAACCGGUGCAGCCGCCACGCUCAGUGUGUGAACACAGAUGGUUCCUACACCUGUCAGUGUUUGGAGGACUACUACGGCAACGGACGCACCUGCUGGCCCAGGAGAGCCCCACAGACCAAGGCUCUCAUGUACUUCAACUACAAACUCUCCAAACGGACCAAGCAAAUACAACCUUCCGCUUAGAGCCACUAGUUACAACUGACAAGGCUUCAAGAGAAGUGACAGAGAAACAUCAUUUGAAAUAGUAAAAACAUGUCAUCAGCUGUAAUGAAUUUUCACAACUGAGAACAUGCUGGUGCGAGUGUUUGGCUACAAGUUAAAGGGGUUUUGAAACAAGUAGAAAUAUUGUGACCACAAUAGCCUGUUAUUUCGCUCCCUAUUCAGCAAGUCUAAGCCUGGAAUACCACGGCACUGCUCCUUGCCUGUUUGUUGUCUGUUGAAGAAACUACAACAGGACUGUACUCUGUACUUUGCUUGUGAGCUUCAACCCAAAUGGACUGUGAUGACAGAGGGGUUUACGCUGGCAUCACCUCGUGUCACACAAACACUAACCCUGUUAUUGCAUGUGGGAUGUACUUUGUCCGACAAACUGCUGCACAGGGGAUGGAAACAGUAAUUUAUUAAAUAUUUCAUUAAGUGUCAAUUUUCUUCAUGGAAAAAUGCCGUUUUGUUCAUCAGAAUUUGUUAAUAAAAGGCUGACCUCUGGUGGAUAAAUAAGGAAAGAAUAUCUCCAAACCUGGGAAUUUCGAGGAAGCAAAAUGUUAUG